UUAUAACAACAUUAAAUAAUUAAAUCAAAUGAUAUAUAUACAUAUAUUUAUUAAUUUACUGUAAUUAAGACUGUUUCUAGUAUGAGAAAAUGGUCGUGAAGUGAAGCUUUUGCUAUUUUGGCGGGUUUAUCAGUUAACUAGAUUUGAAGGCUUCAGUUGCCCAGCCAAAUAUAGGGUAGAUUAGAGAGGAGCAAAAACAGGGGAGAUGUGAGGCCCGCAAGCUUCCUCUCUAUUAUUCUAGUCAAGCUUUAUGCAUACUGUGCCGUUUUUUUCUCCCACUUCCCCUUGACAUUUAGCUUAGGGAUCUCAUCAUCUUACACCAACACAAACAGAAAAGUUGGAAGAGCCACACAUGGAAGAAAACACUCCCCAAAUUCCACAAGAAAAAGAACCAUCCAAGACUGUCACUAUGGAAACACAGAAUGCCAAAGUUGAUGACGACAAGAGUGAUUCCAAGGAAGAAGAUGACCAAAAACCAAAGGAGAUUGCAGUGGUUGAGGAGAAAAAGUUGGCAGAUGAAGAAAAGAAUGAAGCAUCAUCAAGUGGACUUCAAAAGAGUUCUUCAUUCAUGGAAGAGAGCAACCUCCUCUCUGAUUUAAAAGAUCAUGAAAAGAAGGCAUUGUCUGAGCUGAGAUCCAAGAUUGAAGAAGCGAUCCUUAAGAAUGAACUUCUUCAAGAGAAGAAACAGCAAGAAAAGGAAGCAUCAUCAAGAAGAGAUAGAGAAGAUGCAGAUCAGAAAGAAAAAUCAACUGGAACAGAUAAGAAAGAAGAUGAUUCUGAAAAAAAGGAACAACCGAAGCAGGUAGAAGGGGAAGGAGAAGGGGGGACUACAUCAAAUCAAGAAAAAGAAGAAGAAACUCCUGCAACGAACACAGGAGAAAAAGAAAUAGCUGCAAAAGAAAGCAAAGAAGAUACAUCUGAUAAGCAAGCUGAAAAGGAGGAGAAGACUCGUGAAAAAGAAGGAGAAGAAGCAAAAGAAAACGCCAAGCAAGAAUCUUUCGCAGAUCAAACUGUAGACAAAGAUAUUUCACUUUGGGGAGUCCCAUUAUUGCCCAGCAAAGGAGAUAAUAGAACCGAUACAGUACUACUAAUGUUGUUAAGGGCUAGAGAGUUCAAGACCUCUGAUGCUUUUGAGAUGUUGAGGAGCAUCCUCAAAUGGAGAAAAGAAAACAAGAUCGAUUCUAUAUUGGAAGAAGAUAUUGAGGCUGAUCUCGGCUCCAUGGCUUACAUGGAAGGCAAUGAUCGAAAUGGACACCCAGUAUGUUUCAAUAUUUUUGCGGUGUUUGGCAAUGAUGAGCUACAUGGGAAAACAUUUGAAGAGAAACGCGAGAAAUUUAUGUGGGGAAGGAUUCAACUGAUGGAGAAGGGUAUUCGAAAGCUGGAUUUUAAGCCUGGUGGUGCGUCUGCAAUUCUCCAAAUUAAUGAUCUCAAGAAUACUCCUUUACCCACCAAGAAAGAGCUCCGGAACGCAACAAAGAAAGCAGUUGAACUUCUUCAGGACAAUUAUCCAGAAUUCGUUGCAAAAAAUAUCUUUAUCAAUGUUCCGUUCUGGUAUUACGCAUAUAGUGCUCUCUUCUCCCCUACUUUAUCUCCAAGAAGCAAGAGUAAAUUCGUUUAUGCUCGCUCAGCCAAGGUCACAGACACUCUGCUCAAGUACAUUGCUGCGUCCCAAAUUCCAGUCCAAUACGGUGGGCUUAAACGAGAGACUGAUUCUGAAUUCUCAGUUGACGAUGAUGCACAAGAGGCUAUUGUCAAGGCAGGAUCACAAGAAACUAUCGAGAUCCCUGCACCAGAGACAGAACAGACUUUAAUCUGGGACCUCACAGUGUCUGGUUGGGAAGUGAACUACAAGGAGGAAUUCGUCCCUACCGAUGAGGGUUCCUAUACCAUAAUUGUUCAGAAAGGAAGGAGGAUAACUUGGCAGGAUGGAACAAUUCGCAAUUCUUUCACGAAUAAAGAACCUGGAAAGCUUGUAAUUACAAUUGAAAAUGGAGCAUUCAAGAAGAAGCGGAUUCUGUAUCGAUACAAGACCAGGACUUUGUCAUCCUCUUGAGGAACCUAGUAAAAUUAAGAGCUUAUUUUUUCUUUAGUGUUCAUUUGGAGUUGAUAAGUUACGUGAGAGUAUUAUUGAGGCAAGUAGCAAAUUUUCCAGUUUGAAUUUAGGCAAAUAAUAGAAACAGAGAUGGGGUAUGUUUUGUGGUCAGUACUCUUUUACCAGGAUAGGGAAAGUUUAUUUCAGUAUUUCUUCUUUUCAACAAAUAUUUUGUUUUGCUUCAUGGCAUACUUUAUCAAUGACAGGGAAAAUUGGACAA